UCCAGCAGCUCGUAGUGGUUUACUAGAGCGCCGAGCAGGCGGACGUCGACGGUAAAUACGGGGCACAUCUCACACUCCAUGUGACACAUUACCGAUCCUUAACGCGAAUCGGCAAGAAUUAUGCUGCUCGGCACACUUUCAUAACGGGCUUUUGAGUCUCUAAAGCCUCAACAUUUUUCAUUUUGGAGGAUUCCUCCCCAUCCUCCGGGUCGUACCGAACAGGCAAUGACAACGGUCUCGGCAACUCCGCAGCAGAUGAGGGACCGGCUGCUGAAGGCCGUCGACAGUCACAGCAAUAUUUGCAAUAUGGUGGCGGUCUUGGAAGUAAUUACCUAUUUGGAAAAGUAUCCCAUCACCAAAGAAGCACUUGAGGAAACUCGCCUAGGAAAGUUAAUCAACGAUGUGCGGAAGAAAACCAACAAUGAAGACCUUGCAAAGCGUGCUAAGAAGCUCUUGAGGAACUGGCAGAAGCUGAUUGAUCCAGGACCUGCCGAGACACCGACACGUGGACCCGGGGCCCCUCCUGCCUCUACAAACGGAGGCUUGCAUCCCUGCCGGACAGAUGCCCCGUCAGCUGCUGCCCCCCCUGACGUCUUGGUUGAAGGCAAGGGCGUCCCGGAUGUCAAAGUCAGAAACGAUGUUCAUAACACUUACUCGCCCAAAGCGGCGAAAUCGAGCAACCGCAAGCGGCGGGCAGAGCAGAGGGAUGGCGGCGUGCACUUGCCAGAAAAGAUAUCGAGGAUGGCUUAUGAACACUCUCUAUCGCCUCCGCUCACCAACGGCACUGCGAGCAGUCCCGAGGCGCUGCUCGAGCAGGAGGUUGUUCCAUCUCCUGACAGACCGCCGCGGACGGAUCAUCUCGACAAUGACAAACACAACAAGAUCCCCGUCAACGCGGUAAAGCCUCGCCCCAGCUCCCCCGGAGUGGCAAAACUACCGAGCACUUCUUCAUUGAUCAAGGUUGCCGUGAUGCAGCAGCAGGUCAGAAUGGAGGACGGGGGAUGUGGGGUAGGAGGAGCGGGAGGUGGAGGAUAUUAUCAAGCUAAAAGCCCACGUGGCGUCACCACUAGUCCCCGGGGUGUGAAAGAAACUAUGACCAAGCGCUCUUCUGCAUAUGCACCAAAAGGUGUCCCCAGCCCCACGCCGCGCGGCUCCCCUCUGCCUUCGUCCCAGCCCGCGGCGUCGCUAGCCCAAUCGCCUCUUGGCAACAGGCUGCCGCACCCUUCCUACAGGUCUUCUGCGCAGUGGGCCAGUACUUCACAAAGCUCUUCUUCGUCUCAAUGUCCCCCGCAUGACUCGUUUAUAACACUGGAAUCACCGUCGAUCUCCCCGCGUCCCUCCCAGCACAGCCCCACCCAACUCAGACCGUCCGCCGAGGCCACCGCCAGCAUCGUGGUCGCCGAGGAGACGGACGGACCACCUCUCACCCCCUCGGAGAGAAAGAGGAGGAAAAAGUAUCGGUCGAGGGACUAUGCUGUUAACCUUGAUGGUCAGAAAACGGAGGACACUGUUAAGCCUGUGCGCUUAAAAGAACGCAGGAUAACCUUUGAUCCUGUGACGGGCCAGAUCAAGUCCAUGGUACACAAGGAACCUUUUCAGACGGAGGAGGCCGGCGUGCCAGACUCUGCAGAGUGUACAAAGAGGACUGAGAACAUUGUGCCCCAGACCCCGGUGCCUCCCUCAGCCCCUACCUUUGGACCGGCCGCCGCCCCUCCCUUCGCCUCUGCCCCGCCCGUUAACCCCGCCCCUGCCCCUAACCCUAACCCUUUCCAACAGACAAACUGGAAGGAGCUUUCACGGAACGAAAUUAUCCAGUCUUACUUGAACCUCCAAAGUAACAUGCUCACGUCCUCGGGGGUGCAGACCCCCAGCGCGCACUUUUUUAUGUCUGAGUAUCUGAAACGGGAGGAGCCCGGUGUCAAGGAGGCCAGGGAGAUGCACGUUCUGCAGAAGGACAGCUCGGUGGCGCAUCGGCCCGGCGUGAGCGGAGAGGUGACGGACACGGAGCUGGACAGAAUACACACGCAACACUGGCCAGGGGUCAAUGGUUGCUAUGACACAAAGGGUGCCUGGUUUGACUGGACAGAGUGCAUAUCGUUGGACCCUCACGGGGGCGAAAGCAGACUGAACAUCUUGCCAUAUGUUUGCCUAGACUAAAGAGUUUGAGAAUGUCACUUUUUUCCACCCCCCCCCCCCCCCCCUUGCAUCCCACUGCGAACGAGAGUACUUCAUGGUUCUGUUUAUCCACUGUGAGCUCCAGGAAAGCCAGACCUGCUUAAGCAUAUUUAAGCCUAGCCCCUUUUUGUUUCACUUUUGAUCAGUUAAUUAGGUAUAGAAAGAUUUGAAAAAAGCUAAAUGCAAACGGUUGAGUUCUUUAAUACCAAGGGCUAUUUAUGUUAUAUAUUUUUCAAAGGUGAAGCAACAGGUGCAGGGUCUUGCUAACCUAGAAGGCACAAUGGAGUGUGUGUGUGUGUGUGUGUGUGUGUGUGUGUGUGUGUGUGUGUGUGUGUGUGUGUGUGUGUGUGUGUGUGUGUGUGUGUGUGUGUGUGUGUGUGUGUGUGUGUGUGUGUGUGUGUGUGUGUGUGUGUGUGUGUGUGUGUGUGGGGUUCUCUACAUGGUAAGGCUGUGGUUUCGGCUUGCCUGUUUUGUAUGGUGCCUAACUAAAGGUUUGAGGAAUUAAUCUAGUACAGGGUAGCUUGGCCAGCCCUGUACAAUGGUCGCUCCGGCAUAUUUGGCAGUUACAAGAAGCUUUAUUUGAGAUGUAUAAAAAAACAUUUAAAUUAUACAUUUAUGUUCUACGUCUAUUUAUUUUGACCAGUACUUUGUUUAAAUGGGUUUAUCAAACAUGUUAAAAAAAAUAGGUUUGUUUUGCUGUUUGCAUCACACUGUUGUCCGCCUGAUCUGUAAUACAAAAAUCCUAAACAAGCUUCCCCAUAGACCUGGUGACCGUCCAUUUGGUUCCCAAACAUUCCCUACGUCACGCUUCAUUUCUCCUGCUAGCCUAUUCCUCAUUAUCCAUUGCCUAUCAAACACCCAUGCCAUCCAAAUCUUUUCCUCCGGAACAAAACUACCACCUGUCCUUACUGACCUGGCUUUUUUGUUCGGUUCACGCGUCGUUAUUCCGGUCCAGGUGGUUUCCAUCUCCGUAUAGGUCUUGUAUCAUGAAUUAAGUAUUACGAAAGGGGUGCUGGUCCGUAAAUGCUUUGUAAAGCAGAGACGGACUUCCUUCCCUUCAGCAGACUGACUAGUUGAACACAUUUUGGUAAACAUACAGAUUUGUAACCCCCUGUAUGAAUGUGUGCAAUGGUUAGUUACUCAGGCAGUUUUAUUAAUAGCUCAACAAUUGGUUAGAUUCAACGACACUAGCCAGCCAUAGAAAAUGUUGUGUGCAUAUGAUUGUUGCAGAAUCCCUAUUUCCCCCUCCCACCCCAUUCAUUUGGUUCUUCUUCUGUGCUUUACAACAUGAUACAAGUGGGAAGGAAUGGUGUGCUUGGCGAAGUAUGAAUCUGUCACUCACUCAUAUGACUGACUAAUGAGUCUAUUGAGCUGGGUUGACACUCCUGUAUCAUGCCACUGUUUUUUUAUUUUUUCUUCGCUGAACUGGUAUGACUUUCGAGGUGUUUGGUCAGGCUCUGUGCAGUGUAGUAUUUAUCGUGUAUGCUCUGUUGAUCACCCCAACCAAUGUGCCUUGGUAAAAUGGUAAACUUGGAUUUGCUUCUGCAUAAAACACGCCUGUCCAUGGAGCUGGGUUUGUGUGACAAUUCCAAAUUCCAUGGUCAAUAAAACACUGGUAUAUGCACCAUUUGUUUGUUGUUAAAAAAAACAGAUGCAGUAUGGGUAAAAGAAAAUUAAGACAAUGAGGUACCACACAACAAAGCUUGCAAUAAAGAAAAGUGCUAAAGUAAAGGGUGUUAAGAAUCCGGUUUGACUGUGGUAUGACUGAGAAUAGACUCAUGGGGGGCAUCGCUAUCCAGUGUCUAACAACAACUCAAUUGUUUGAAAAAUAAAAGAUCUAAAUCCACUGUU